AAACCCCACCGAUUCCCCUUCUCUACUUUCUUCCCCCGUCUCCACCCUACACAAGCCUCAUCUCUCGUUCGCGAACUCAUUUGCUUCCCUCGGAACAUUUGGGUGCUCAUCUCCUGCUUCGCAUCUCUCAGCACUCAAGUCUUUCAUUGAGGAACCCCGUUCGCUGUCAUCAUGAGAGGCGAGGUUUGCCAUCUUCAUAUCGGUCAGGCCGGUACCCAGCUGGGUAACAGCGCUUGGGAGCUCUACUGUUUGGAGCAUGGCCUCAACCAGGACGGUCGCCCGAACCCUGAGGCCAAGGACCUGGACACCGGCUCUUAUGAUACCUUCUUCACCGAAACCAGCAGCGGAAAGUUUGUCCCGCGCUCCAUCUUUGUCGACCUCGACCCUUCGCCCAUUGAUGAGGUCCGCACUGGUGACUACCGCCAGCUCUUCCACCCCGAGCUGCUGAUUAGCGGCAAGGAGGAUGCUGCUAACAACUAUGCCCGUGGUCACUACACCGUCGGAAAAGAGCUCGUGGACGAUGUCAUGGAUCGCAUUCGUCGCGUCGCCGACAACUGCUCUUCCCUCCAGGGUUUCCUCGUUUUCCACUCCUUUGGCGGUGGUACCGGAUCCGGUUUUGGUGCCCUUUUGCUCGAGCGCCUUGCCACCGAAUUCUCCAAGAAGUCGAAGCUCGAAUUCGCUGUUUACCCCGCUCCUCGCGUCUCCACUGCCGUCGUUGAGCCGUACAAUGCUGUCCUUUCCACCCACAGCACCAUCACUCACUCGGACUGCACCUUCUUGGUUGACAACGAGGCGGUCUACGACAUUUGCCGCCGCAACCUCGACAUUCCCCGUCCCGGCUAUGAACACCUUAACCGCUUGAUUGCGCAGGUCGUCAGCUCAAUCACUACCAGCUUGCGCUUUGACGGUGCGCUCAACGUCGACCUCAACGAGUUCCAGACCAACCUGGUUCCCUUCCCCCGUAUCCACUACCCGCUCGUCAGCUACGCCCCCGUCGUCUCCAAGUCCAAGAGCUCUCACGAGAGCUUCAAGGUCAACGAUCUCACGUUCCAGUGCUUCGAGCCGAAUAACCAGAUGGUUGUUUGCGAUCCCACCAAGGGUAGCUUCAUGGCCGUGGCCCUGCUCUACCGUGGUGACGUUGUCCCCCGCGAUUGCAAUGCUGCCAUUGCAGCGCUCAAGGCCAAGACCUCUUUCAACCUGGUCGACUGGUGCCCGACCGGAUUCAAGCUCGGCAUCAACUUCCAGAAACCCGUCAGCGUGCCCGACAGCGAGCUCGCUCCCGUCGACCGCUGCGUCAGCAUGCUGUCCAACACCACCGCCAUUGCCGAGGCCUGGAGCCGACUCGACCACAAGUUCGACCUCAUGUACUCGAAGCGUGCCUUUGUUCACUGGUACGUCGGCGAAGGUAUGGAGGAAGGCGAGUUCUCCGAGGCCCGUGAGGACUUGGCUGCCCUUGAAAAGGACUAUGAGGAGGUUGCUGGCGACACUUUGGUUGACGAGGAGGGUGAAUACUAAUUUGGCAUGACCCGGUGGUGUCCGUUUUCCUUAUACCUUUUGUAAACAAUUGAACCCCUCCUUGUGUGAAGGCAGCAGUAGCAACGGCGGCAAUUGUCCGGUUUUCUUCUUUUCUUGUUGUCCCAAAGACUGUCAGCCUGUCAGCCUGUCAGCACUUAUGUCGGAGGAUCAUUACUUAUCUUCUCUCCUCCCUUUAAGUCCGUUGUUCAGACUGAAAAAAUCAUGCCCUAUCCCCCCUUUUUUUUCCUUUAUAAGUUUUCAAAUGUGCUUUUAUCUGAAAAUUCCUCUUUUGGCACCCCCUUCGGAUAACGCAUAAAGCGAUGCAGCGAACUCUCUUCAUGUAUGUCAACUUUUAUCAUAUUCUAUUGAUCAGA